AUGGCCACACAAGAAAAGAUCACGGUCUACAACUUAGCAGACCUCAAAAACACCACCGACGACGCCAUCCCCAACUACCUCACCUCCCUCUCCUUCACCCCCUCCCACCUCCUCACCGACGUCCGCCUCGCCCUCGGCUUCUCCGCGUUCGCCCUCUCCGCCGCCUGCUUCGCCUGGGACUACAACUUCGGCUUCGAGUCCACAAAAACUUACACCGCCUUCGCCGUCGCCCUCUACACCAUCCUCAACGGACUCCUCACCUUCUGGAUCUUCUAUGUCGAAAAGGGUACAAUCUACCAGGGCACCUCCCCAAAAGGUGACAAGAUCCGGAUUUCGACCGAGACAAAAAAGAAUGUACCAGUCUAUCACAUGACGAUUGAGGUCAAGGAUGGGAAGACAGGGGAGAGGAAGACGUUGAAGAUUAGCAGGAGUUUUACCGAGUGGUUUGAUGCCGCGGGGAGGUUUGUUGCGGCACCGUUGCAGACUGUGUUGGCGCAGGGGGUGGGUGUUAUUGGGAGGGUUGAUACCAAGAGGGCGAAUGCUGCAAAGGUUGAGGGUGGGGAGGCAGGGCCGUCGGCGGUAUAUACUCCUGAGAUGUUGGCUAUGUUGAGUGGUGAGGGGGUUAGUGUUGUUGGGUCUGCGGCCGAGACGGCGACGGGGACGGAGGCGGCUGAGGCGAAGAAGGGGGGAAAGAGGAGGAAGAACUAG